AUGUCACAAUCUACGAAUGACUUUCAGGAAAUCCCCAUUAUUGACCUCUCCCUAGCAAACGAGCCCGCGUCACGUUCAGCACUUCUCAACAAUCUUCGUUUGGCAAUCACAGAGGUGGGGUUCCUCUACAUUACGCACCACGGAGUGCCACAGCCAGUAAUUCAAAGCCUCGUGGGAGUUCUGCCGAAAUUAUUCGGUUCCGUGGGCAGUGAGAUCACGGCGGCGGAGGCCGACCUCAGGGAGCAGGUUGACUUUGCAACUGAGUUGUCGGCUUGGCCUUCCGAAAUCCCAGAGCUGCGGUCAAUUGUUGAAACAUACAUCACCGAGCUGACUCUUCUCGGCGAGCGGUUCCUUUCUCUAGUUGCCCAGGCACUGGACUUGCCCAGUGACGCAUUUGAUACCUUCCUCUCGGAUCAAAAUCGUCUCAAGCUGGUCCAUUAUCCAGCUGUUGCUCCUGACUCGGCUAUCACUCAAGGAGUCGGUCCACACACAGACUCUUCCGGGUGGUGGACCUUUUUGCUCCAAGCAUCAGAGGAACAUGUGAAAGGCCUACAAGUACUCAACAAUGCAGGCGACUGGGUUGACGUUCCUGUGCUCCCAGACACGUUUGUGGUUAAUGUUGGCCAAGCGUUUGAAGUGUUGACGUCCGGUAUUUGUAAGGCCACGAUUCACAGAGUUGUCUCGACCGGCGACGAGAGAUACAGUAUUCCCUUCUUCCAAGGCGUUCGGAGGGACUUGACCAAGCGAGACGCCACUGAGUCGUUCCGGGAACAUUUCUCUACUCCUUCGUGGAAGAACGGCCACGAGUCAGAUACCAGACGAGCCAUUGAUUCUCCCUUUUUGCAAGGCAAAUAUGAUACAUGGGGGGAAAGUCAACUGAGGACCAAGAUUCGCAGUCAUCCUUCGAACGGACGGAAAUUCUACUCCCAAGUGUACCAGAAAUAUAUUGCGGACGAUGCCUAG